CUCUCUCUCUCUCUCUCUCUCUCUCUCUCGAUCACUUUGCAACAAUCAAAACUUUUUGGGCGGGAAUUCGGAUACCCAAUACCAAUACCCAAUCCCAUUCCCUUUCGUUUCGAUUUGUAUCUUUGGUUGGGUGCGAUAGAAAGCCGUAGCUAAGGAAGGACGAGAUCUGGCUUCUUGAUACCGUGAUACAUAUGCAGUGAUCAUGCAAAGGACAUUCAGAGUGCGAUAGAGAAGAUGGAACCUGAACGUUUGAAAUUUGGAGGUCCAAGAGAGUUGUGUGGUUCUGUGGAUCUUAUAUCUCAAUAUAAACUAGUGCAACAUCAUGAAUUCUUUUGCAAGAAAUCCCUUCCCGUCUCUCUUUCAGAUUCCCAUUAUCUUCAUAACGUGGUUGGGGACACAGAGAUCAGAAAAGGAGAUGGAAUGGAAUUAGGUCAGCUUAUUCAGAACAUGUCCCAGAGCCGGGAGACCAAAGUUCGCAUCCAACCUUUUGAUAUAGAUGAGCUUAAGGAGGCUUUCCAGCUAAAUGAUAUGACUCCUGUUGAAUUGCCUCCAGCAGAGAAGGGAGCUCCUACAAUUCCGCCUAAGUCAAAAAGUGAGUCGAAAGAUAAGGACAGGAAACAUAAGAAACACAAGGACAGGGAUAAGGACAAAGAUAGAGAGCAUAAGAAGCACAAGCACAAGCAUAGAGAUAGGAGCAAAGAUAAAGACAAGGAUCGAGAGAGAAAGAAGGACAAAAAUGGCCAUCAUGAGUCGGGUGAUCAUUCUAAGAAACAUCAUGAUAAGAAAAGGAAACACGAUGGAGAUGAAGAUCUUAAUGACGUUCAGAGGCACAAAAAAAACAAGCAUAAAAGCUCAAAGCUUGAUGAGAUGGGUGCAAUAAGGGUUGCUGGCUAAUAAAGUUGUAAACAAUCCAAUUUUGUAUUCUUCACUCAAGUAGGUGUCAUGGAGACGUUUAGAAGCACUUUUCAACUCACUGUAGACAGCUUAUUAGGUUAAAAUCCCAAAAUGAUGAAUUCACUCCUUGAAGAAGAAUGGGGAAGUUUGUGAUGAUGAUGAAGAAGAAGAAUUAGUAUCGUAAUUGUUUUGAUUGGUGUCAAAAUGUAACAUUUUGGUCUUGUCUUCUAUAUCUUUUCUGUCUAUAAAAGCAAUACUCAUAAUGUUACUAUUCAAUAUUCAUGUAUAAUAAUUUGUUCCCUUA